AUGGAUGACUGCAAUAUGUUCUAUAUGGGGCUGUCCUUGAAGAACAUCCAGAAGCUGCAACAAGUCCAAUGGCACAGGCAGUUACGGACUCUUCAGAUAAAAUUAACCUGCUUGGAAGAGGAGCUCAAAAAUGAUAAGUUACAGGUUUCUUUGUCAUGGAUGCAUGGAAUAUGUAAAGAGCGCUUAGGAUCACAUGUGAAUACAGAGGGCAAAAGAAGCUUUGUGUAUGUAUGGCAAACAAGUACAGAUGUUAAAAAGUCAGAAGAUAAGGCAGAAAGUCUUGAAAAGAUGAAAACUCAAUUGCUGGCAAAUGACCUAAAGAAGGGAUGGCUUAAAGCUUCUAUAGACAAGCUCAAAACCAAUAAUUCCAAAGAAUCCAGACAAAAUAUACUGGGAUGGCUUCAGGAAUCUCUGAAAAGAUUGAAAGAGGAUUCUUCUAAAGCAUCAAAACAAAUUCUGGAAAAAUGGCUUAAAGAUACCUUUCAAAACCUUGAGGAGAAAAGUCCUGAAGCAUCCAAACCAGAUGCAAAAAAAUGGCUCGAAAUAUCUAUUAAUAACCUUGUAAAGGAAGAAGCUGAAGCACCCCAUCUAGAUACUCAGAGAUGGCUUGAAGCAUCUAUUAGAGGCAUCCAGGAUUUCAAAGAACAAUACUCUAAAGCAUCAAAAGCAAACAUGGAAAAGACCAGGGAAAGAGUGAUUAUUGUAGAACCUGCUUCCUCUGAAAGUUGCUUAAGACCUGAAUGGCUUCAAGCAUCUGUAGCAAAUCUCCAAAAGCGUGGUUCUAAAGCAUCCAGAAUGAAUGUGCAACAAUGGCUACAAGCAUCUCUGAAAAGUUUCAGACAAGAAUCCCCUGAAGAACCCAGAAAGAACCUGGAGGACUGGCUUAAAGAAUCCAUAAAACAUCUUCAGAAGGAAUGUCCUGAAGCAUCCAGGCAAGAUGUGAAUGAGUGGCUGGAUGUAUCCAUAAAUCACCUCCGAGAAGAAGGGCCAGAAACAUCCCAUCUAAAUGUGCAGGAAUGGCUUGAAGCAUCUAUGAAAGGUCUGCAGGAGGAAACACUAAAAGAGAAGGUGAAACAAUUGUCUAAAGCAUCUGUGAAAAUAUAG